GAGGGGGGAGUCACGUCGCUGACAUUUCCAAGCUCCCACUCUGAUUGGCUCUUAUUUGAGGAAGCUCACGGGUUCCUUCAACUAAUAAGCGCCUCCCCGUCGCUCUAAAGGACAUUAUAAUGCAAGGGACCUCCUUUUUUAACCACAAACCGAAUUUUCGUUCAUUUAGACGAUAUAUACUUUUUAAAUUGACCCAAAGUUGUAGGGUUUUUUUGGAACCGUUUUCGCCCUGGAGCGGUACGCCAUGCUCUCUCACGCCGACCUCCUGGAUGCUCGGCUCGGUGAGUUAUCCUCACUAAACUCCGGCCCUAAACUCCAGUGGAUGAAGGAUGCUGCAGAGUUACUCGGACAUCGAGAAGCUCUCAAGUGCCGGCUGGGUGGAGGAGUGCCAGACCAGGGGCAUCCGGGAGACAUGGCCCCUGGUUCAGACUCUGUGGAGGGAACCACUCUCCUGCCGGGCGAAGACAUCGCUACUGUGGGAUCCAACUCUGCCGUCAUGCCGGUGAACGGGAAAGAGCAGGAGAAGCAGCAGCAGCAGCAGCCGCAACAGAACUCGAGUCAGACCACCAGCCAGCAGAAACAGAAGCGGCACAGGACGCGCUUUACGCCGGCACAGCUCAACGAGCUGGAGCGCAGCUUCGCCAAAACCCACUAUCCUGAUAUCUUCAUGAGGGAGGAACUGGCGUUGAGGAUCGGCCUCACCGAGUCCAGAGUUCAGGUUUGGUUCCAGAACAGACGCGCUAAGUGGAAGAAAAGGAAGAAGACCACCAAUGUUUUCCGCUCCCCGGGGACGCUGCUCCCGACACCGGGCCUUCCGCAGUUCUCUGCCGCGGCCGCCAUGGAGAACAGCCUGUGCUCCUUCCACGCCAACGACUCUCGCUGGGCCACGGGGAUGCCGGGGGUGUCCCAGCUGCAGCUGCCGCCGGCCCUGGGACGGCAACCGGGUAUGCCGCAGUCCCUGUCACAGUGCAGCCUGGGUCCAGGCCCGCCAAACUCCAUGGGUCUGUCCAACGGCCUGUCCUCCAACGGCUCCGGUCUGCAGUCCCACCUCUACCAGUCGCCUUUCCCCGGAAUGUCGGCCUCUCUCUCCGGCCCCACGAACGUAUCGGGCUCCCCGCAGCUGUGUAGCUCCCCGGACAGUGACAUGUGGAGAGGGACAAGCAUCGCGUCACUGAGGCGCAAAGCGCUGGAGCACACAGUGUCCAUGAGUUUCACCUAGUGACUCUUCAAAAAAAAAAAACAACAACAAAAAAAAACACCCCUCCACAACCCUCUGCUCCAAACCCCCUCUCCCAGCACCGCCCUGCGGCGCUUUUUCUGUUUUUAUUACCGCUAUUUAGAUCAAAACCAGAGAACGAGUGAGCUAAUCAGGCCUGAAAUGUGAGAGAUGAAUGUGACUUCAUAUGACAAAAAAACAAACAAAUAAAUAAAAGGACAACAAAGAUGGACACAUGGAAGAGGAAAACUUGGGUUUGGGGUUAUUUAUCUUAUUAAUUCAAAAGGAUUUUAUCAACUAUUGAUGAGAAAUAAUAUUGUAAUGAUCUCUAGACUAUAGGACCUAAUUACUGAGAGCCAAACAAUCGUCGUAUUUACGUUUUCAUUGAGUGUGUCUCUAGGCACACAUUAUUGUGUUCAGGUGACGUUGUGUUAUGUCAAACGGUUAUUUGUAUAAGACUGGGUAUACAUGUUGGUAACAGCCUACGACACACGCACCAAACUGACGGUGAGCACAUUGGACUGGAUCUCGGGCAUGCACUGUGCAUGUGGAUUUAAUAACUACAGGAGAGAAUUGUUCCCACUCAGACUGAACCGGUGCUUUUCGUUAGGUGAUCCCGUCUGCAUGAGACGGGAGUAUAAAUCUAAAUAGGAAAAGAAAAAAAAAAAGAUCUUAUCUUUCAGUAGGCCUAUUCUGUUUUAGGAUGUUUUGUGUAGAUGAAACAUUCUUGCUAUGUACCCGCUGGUCUUUUUUGUGACAUGUUUUAACUUAUUGUAUGUGCUAUUACUUGACACAUUUCUUAAAUGUUUGAUUGAAAUGCACCACAUUGACGGGUUUGUACCAAUUUAAAAUGAAACCAACAAAUAAAAGUAAUUUUCAAGAAUGUCAAAA